AUGAGAUUUUCUUCUUCGAAUCCCCGUGAGAGACUAAACACAGCGAGAAUUAUGCAGCGAAAUGUCAUCAAUACAACCUACUCGUCGAGAAUCGCUCAAAAUCCAACAGAUCGGCCGAAAGUCAACGAUUCUGACAUCGAAUAUUCUCAAGACUUAAAAGUCCAUCACUUGAAAGAAUACCUCAGAGAUUAUGGAAGGACGGCGCAGGAUCAAGCGAACAACAUGAAAGUCAUCGGAAAACUUAUCAAGCAGGACAAAUUCUAUGAAGAGUCGGAGCAGAAAAAAACGCAAAAAUACAUCAUUCAGAACAUGUUUGAUGGGACAAGGUACUCAGCUGCUCUUCUCAAAAAUCUGACGGGGAUCAAAAUGGAAGUUGUGGAUUCUGAUGCCCGCCUUUUUUAA